UUUGAUAGUGUUCCACUAUCUCUUACAAGUAAGCUUUCGGCAAGGAGCUAGCCAAACAAGUCUCUCAYCCAGCGAAGGAUUUCAAUCGAUUUUCAGCGUUCCGUAGGUCUCAAAGAAGCUUUCUCGUUGUGCUCAUCGGGCAUGAACAUUGUUUUCCAAACCCUUUUCUUGUUGAUGCGCUAGAUAGAAGAGUCAUUCCACUACAUAACACGGAUCCUGCUGCAAUUGUUCUUUCUAAAUAGAAAAGAASCGAAGAAAGGAUGGCAUCUGCUAUGAGUACUGACGCGACGAACGUCCACCAAGCAAAAGAAGAACAAGUUCAGGUGGAUAUGAGCAACAUGAUUGGAAGGAUCAAGCCAAAGCCUGUCUGCCUAGAUCUCAAUCUGAGAGCGCAGUCGACGCCAACCGAGGGAAUACGCAAGUUUGUCUUUUCCACCGGGGAUGGAAGCCCKGUUCAGACUGUAACCAAGUCGCCCCUGGAUGCUGGAUCGCAAGAGUUAUCGGUUGUUUCCUCCGGAUCCUCCACGGCAUCGCGCGAGAAUGCAUUGUUAGAUGCAUCUGCUUCCGGAACAAGCAACCAGGGUAUCGUYGAGACAAAGCAGAAAGUGAUUAUGCCACCUUUUGCCGAUGGCGACUUUUCGCUUCGAAAGGAACGCUCGGAACAAAUCAAUCUCAAGGUGAAGACCCAAACGAUUUCCCGCAACGGAAGGCAGACCCAGCGAUAUUACACCGACAAAGCGACAAAUAUCAUUCAUCGAAUGACUACUGGCUGUAUCCCGAUCCUUAAGGACGGGAGAAUAAUGUUUUGUUCAGCUAGUCGCAAGGCCGAAUGGAUUAUCCCCAAGGGAGGUUGGGAGAAUGACGAGAUUAUGGAAGAAAGUGCCAUUCGCGAGACCUUUGAAGAAGGUGGUGUUUUUGGUGUSAUUGGGCCAAAGCUCAGCGAGAUUGCAUAUGAAACAAGGAAAGGGAAAAAGAGACGCAUCGAAUUCGAAGAAGUCCAACGAAAAGUCAAGSAGAUACGCGAGGCACAAUCAUCCGGAAUCAUGGCAGUCUCUCCUACCUCCAACGAGGGAACUACUCCCUCUCCCCAGACGGCAUCCUCCCCCAAGGAGCCAGUCGUUUCUUCUGCCACUGAAGAUGCWAAUGGGGGAUCAGCCGACAAAGAGGGUUCUUCAGGUCAGCCAGAAAAACWAGCUAAGGUCAAUCAGCCGCAGUCUUCGGAUGGUGACAACAUGUCUGUCGCGUCCGAGACAUCGCUGGCUCAAUCACACAUUAAGAUGAGUCUGUUUCCUUUGUACGUUACCGAGGUUUGCGAUGAGUGGCCCGAGCAAGGCCGAACGCGAAAAGUGGUGGACAUUGACGAGGCCAUUCGAAUCACCGAGCCAAGACCCUACUUUCAAGCGGCCCUGAAGGAACUUAARCAAAGGAACCUGCACUUGUGCCAAGAUUUCCAAGCCGAGGAAACAGCUAGCAGCACAGUAAGCGCACCAUCAGCCACUGGAMCCGAGAACAUCAAAGGAGAGAUAUAGCAUCAACUUUUGCGUUCACACGAAUACCAUGUGUAGACGCAAUKUACACC